CGAAACAGCGAUCAGAAAGUGCCUGCAGAGAUUGAGCGCUGACGAGGGCGUCCGACUUUAAUCUAUUGGAAAGUGAAGGUGCAAACUCCAUUAUUUUGAAACUGUGUCUUUACAAGAGCCAUUCACAAUGUCUGAUGAAGAUCGCAUGAGAUCAGAGAUUACCAGAAUGCAAAUGAGAGGAGACGAGCUGACAGACCAGUCAUUAGAAAGUACUCGUCGCAUGUUGCAUCUUGCAGAAGAGAGCCAAGAGGUAGGAAUAAAAACACUGGUGGCUCUUGAUGAACAAGGGGAACAGUUAGACCGAGUUGAAGAGAACUUGGAUCAAAUCAAUGUUGACAUGCGUGAGGCUGAGAGAAACUUGACAGGACUUGAAAAGUGCUGUGGAUUGUGUGUUUGCCCAUGGAGAAGGCGGAAGAAUUUUGAAAAGAAUGAAAAGUACAUAAAGGCCUUUAAGAGUAGUGAUGAUGGAACUCUCUCCACCCAACCAGGAGCCAGAUAUGCACAAGAUGGAAACCGUGGAGAGGCAGCUAAAAGUGGAUACAUACAAAAGAUUACAGGAGAUGACAGAGAAGAUGAAAUGGAUGAAAAUCUCGGGCAAGUGGCGAACAUAGUUGGUAAUCUGAAGUCAAUGGCGAUGGAUAUGGGUAAUGAGAUUGACACACAGAACAGGCAGUUGGAUCGUAUCAAUGCAAAGGCGGAAGCAAACGAUGCCCGUAUUCAACAGGCAAACACGCGGGCACGGGAUAUCCUAAGGAACUGUUGAAUGGUAGACUCGAGGAUGUUAUCAUCGUACUCCUAGUCUUUCCCAAGUUAGUAAUGUUAGCACUGAAUAUAGUUUUUUGUCAAACCUGAACACGAUUAAAAUAAUUUUGAGACUUCACAUCUGGGAACAAAAUAAGAAAUUGGUUUCAGAGAAAUUCAUUCACCAUUAUUUUUAGAAUAUGUGUAAUUAAAGGCAUUCACCUAUACAAAAAUAUUCUCUUCCUUUUGACAGACCGCCGAGCAAAAAGUAAUGAUUAAAAAAGUGUUAAAGAUUGUGGUAUUAAAAGACAUUUGUUGAUCAAAGCUAGAGGGGUAGAUAUUCUUUAUUACAAUGUAUAGCCAAGUUUGAAGAAAAGGGCAGGAGAGCCGGUAUUUCUUAAGACUAUUUACAUGUGAUUCUCUGCGAUAAGGAAAGACCUAGAAUUGGUCGCAUUUCAUUUACCUACAAAGAAAACAAUUCAAGUUUGUUCUUCGAAUAUAUUGUAACGGUCCCCAGCGACUGUAUCAAGACAAAUGAGUUAAAGGAAAUUACUUUUGUUUAAAUAAAUGUUCUGCUUCACAAA